AUUCUGUAGUACGAGUUGUUGGCUUGCUGAAUGCUGUUACCUACUCGCCUUGUCGAUCGAGUUCUGUGGUGGAAUUGGAAGCCAUUUUUAUUUCGUGUGAAAGUGGCACUGGCAAAAGGAGUAAAAGUUUUAUAGUGAGAGUUUAAAUGAGUGCUCUGUUUAAAUUUGUUUUGUGACACGUGAAUGUGAUAAUAGGAUAAAUAAUGUCUGUGUUUCAAAUGGAUUCGUGUUGAUCUAUCUUUUUAUUAUACGGCCGCUCAGGCAGCCAUCGAUUAUUACUGAACAAGGGGCCGCUUCUACGGCAAAUCGACGCACUUCUUAGUUUGUGGAGUGAGCCAUGGGCAAUAAUGCUGCCACCGCUAAUAAGAAGGUGGACGCCGCCGAAAGCGUCAAGGAAUUCCUUGACCAAGCUAAGGAGGAUUUUGAAGAGAAGUGGAAGAAAAAUCCUACCAACACCGCCGGAUUGAAUGACUUCGAACGAAUAAAAACCCUCGGCACAGGUUCCUUUGGACGAGUUAUGAUAGUGCAACAUAAACCGACGAAAGAAUAUUAUGCUAUGAAAAUAUUAGAUAAGCAGAAAGUGGUAAAAUUGAAACAAGUGGAACAUACGUUGAACGAAAAAAGAAUUCUUCAAGCAAUUAAUUUUCCUUUUUUGGUGAGCCUCAAGUUUCAUUUUAAAGACAACUCCAAUUUGUAUAUGGUUUUAGAAUAUGUACCUGGUGGUGAAAUGUUCUCCCAUCUGAGAAAGGUAGGUCGGUUUUCAGAACCACAUUCUCGAUUCUAUGCGGCUCAGAUUGUCCUAGCAUUUGAGUAUCUACACUAUUUAGAUCUUAUAUAUCGUGAUUUGAAACCCGAGAACUUGUUAAUUGAUUCACAAGGUUAUCUCAAAGUGACAGAUUUCGGUUUCGCAAAGCGCGUGAAGGGCCGUACAUGGACUUUGUGCGGGACGCCCGAGUAUUUGGCACCGGAGAUUAUUCUGUCAAAGGGCUAUAAUAAAGCUGUUGAUUGGUGGGCUCUCGGAGUUCUAGUUUAUGAAAUGGCAGCUGGUUACCCUCCAUUCUUUGCAGAUCAGCCUAUUCAAAUUUACGAGAAAAUUGUUUCGGGAAAAGUCCGUUUUCCAUCCCAUUUUGGUUCUGAUUUGAAGGACCUUCUUCGCAAUCUCCUCCAAGUAGACUUGACAAAACGUUAUGGCAAUUUGAAAGCUGGAGUGAAUGAUAUCAAAGGCCACAAGUGGUUUGCAAGUACAGAUUGGAUUGCUGUAUUCCAAAAGAAGAUUGAAGCACCUUUCAUACCACGGUGCAAAGGGCCUGGAGACACUAGUAACUUUGAUGACUAUGAGGAGGAGGCUCUACGUAUUUCCUCAACUGAAAAGUGUGCUAGGGAAUUUGCAGAGUUCUGAGCGCAUUUAUGGAGCCUGCACAUGGAAGUUUCUGUGAGUAGGUGUUUUGUUUUUGUGAUUCUUCCAUGAUGGCUGUCAUGGAGAGUAAGCAAUUUACCUCUAUAAACAGCUUUGGGACAGUGAAUAAAUCCAGUUUUGGUACUUCAAAGUGAAAGGUAAAGAGGAACUUCGGAAAGGUGGUGUUUGUUUUGCUUAGUGUCCUAUUAUGAUGCACGAUGAAGUGUAGAAACAUUGGUGAUAGAAUGGAUAGUACAGCCGCAAGCCUUGUACAUCCUCAAUGUCAGUCCUGUGUAAUCAGUGAGUAGCUGCUGUUUUUGAUAAAAUUUAAAUUAUUAGCUUUAUUGAAUUUUCUUUUCAUAAUUUUACAUAUUAUAGAUAAUUAUUUGUUGUUGCUUUUAGAAAAUAUGUACACAAAACUUAAGUGAAUCUUACAUAUAACAUAUUAUUUAGAAUGUUAUUAUUUUCAUCAUAGUUGAUGUGAAAUGUGUUUACUCUGUGGCAAGUAUGAAUUAUGCAGAACAAUAAUUAUAAGAUGGACUCUUUUGUUACAGAAGUGGCUUUUCUAAUUUGUUAUUCGUUUUAUUUAGAGAGUUAUUGUUAUAUCAGUUGAUAUUUUAGGUUAGGAUUAAUGGCAUAAAUGAAUUUAACCGAGAUUAAUUUAUUUCCUAUCUUGUGUUCACUUAUGCUAAACAAUUAUGUAUUUGUGAUAUUAUGUGAAAUGUUGAGUCAAAUAAUCUUUAUAGUUCCUUUUAAGUGAAAUACCAUAAUAUCUAAAUGAAGUUUUAUGAAAUAUGUAUCUUCAUUCUUUAAUUAGAAACUGUUACAAGCACUUUGAAAGCAAUAACUUCUAAAACAUACUAGAAAUAAGUAAUUUAACUAUUUAAACAGUGACACCAAUAAAUUCAGUUUAUUUGUUACCCAAUAUAUAAAUCAAUACAAAUAGAUAUGUUGAGCAAAAAUUUUUGGUGUUGUUUGAAUUUAAUUAAUUGUUCAUGUGCAGUUUAGUUGUGAAUCAUUUAGCCUGUGUUCUAAAUAUUGUUCCAAUAAUAAAUAGAGCUUAUUAUGUAGGCCAAUGUCACAAUUUACUGAAUUUUUAUGUACUUUGGUGAUAAUGUUGGUCGGUUUAAAGUGGGAGAUGCAUUGUACUAUUUUAACAAUUAGACAUAGGACUUAAAAUCCCAGCUGUACAAAUAUCAAUCUAGUUAUUUGUAGUGUUUGUGGUAUGUGCGAAUAUGUGUUUAUAGUCAUUAGGUUAGAACUUGAAAGGUUACUUAACUAGCACAUUCAUCUUAUGUAAGCAAAAGUCUAAAUGAGCACCUAGUAUCCUAUAUAGCUCUGUUGCAAGACCUUAUGAAAUACAUUUAAAAAUUUAAUGUUUUAUCCUUGAUACUAAUAAUUAUGUAAUUGACCAAGUUGCUUAUCUAUUAUUAUUAUAAUGUAGUCUGUGAAAAUUUACUUGGUAUAUUAUUAAUUUGACAUGUUAAUAUUUUACAAAUUUUUCUAGGAGUUGUAAUAAAAUCUUGAAAACAAUGUCCUCGCUUGAGGUUUUCUAUAGUCUUAAUUUUAUAUUAUAACACUUACAGUAAGACUUCUCACUAUGUACCAUGUUGGAGUGCCAUACAAUGAAAUAUUUCUUACUGUCAAUGAAACUAUUAUCUUGAUUAUUUUUAAAUAAUAUUAGUUACCUAAAUAAAUCACAACUUAUUAUUAUUUUAAGGUUCAAAUGCAAUGAUUGUACUUGGAAACAAACUGUAAUAUUGGUUCUUGAGAAUUAAUAAUAUUCUUUGGUGUUUAUUUAUUACUAAUUUCUUUUACAUGGAAAUGAUAUUUUUUAAGUUAUUUGGUACAGUUUGGACAUUGUUUCUACUAGCAUUAUUAUUAGUAACAUCUGAUUUUGCUACUUUUUCCUAUCAAAUUAAACUAAAUAUGUUAUUAGGAAAUUUAUGAUGUGUAACCUUUGUGAUUGUCAAUGUUGUAUAUAUAAGAAUUAGAAUGGUUGUAAUUCCAAUAUAUGCAGUUACAAUACAAUAAAAAGCAUUGGCUUGAUUGAUAGGAACACUCCAUUCGGUUAGCUUUCACAAUUUACUGAUUGCCAUCUUUGUAAUGUGAACAUAGCCUUUUGUCUAUUAUAGAUUUGUGUGGCAGUCUGUGUAUUUGGAAGCUGCCUUUUUGUAAUGUUGGUGUUAGUUAAUAUCAGAAUGUUCACUUAUAAAUCUAUUGUAUUGAGUGCCUAUAGCAUUGAAGUUAAAGUGUAAAAAGUCAGUUUAUUUCAAUAAUUUACUCGUCACCGUGUAUUGAUCUUCCAUAAAAUUACGAUGAAAUUAAAAUAUUGAUGUAACAGUAAAAA